CACACACACACACACACACACAAUAACACCAUGUUUAAUUGUGUAACACGCUACACAUAUUUAUGGUCUGUAAAUGAUAUCUAGGUUGGGCCUGAGAGGAACAGGAAGUGAGAAUCAUACUAAAGGGAGCUGGACUCUCGUAACAGACAUGCACACGCAUAGACACCUGUCACACACGCAUGGCUCCCGCAUGGCGACUCUUCCUCUCCAUCAUCAUCCUCACACUUCCCCCUGUAUUACCAGGUGCUGAUGCUGACGCUGUGUCCACAGUGAGUAAUGUAGCAGUACAGAGCGGAAGAUCUGUCACCAUCCCAUGUCACUAUGAUAGGAAAUAUGAAAAGCAUGUGAAAUACUGGUGUUGGGGGAAAAAUUGGAAUUUCUGUCGUAUUGUAGUGCGCACUGACUCUCCAAAAGUUAAAGGUGAAACGUCAAUCACUGAUGACCCCGACAAUCAUGUGUUCACUGUUACCAUGGCGAAGCUGAAGACAGAGGACUCUGGAUAUUACUGGUGUGCUGUAGAGAUCAGGAAUAAUUUGACUCCAGAUAAGCGCAAAUAUCUGUAUCUGUCUGUCACCGCAGGCACUCCUGGACUCUGGGUUGACCAGCAGGAGGUGACCGGUGUGGAAGGGGGCUGUGUCAGUGUGCAGUGCCACUAUAAUGAAUCGAGCAGCAUGAAGAAGUGGUGCAGGGCUGAGGGCUCCUGUGUGGAAGUGAAUUCUAAUAAAUCUGAAAGAGCAGAGAUCAAAGAUGACCUCUUUAAAAAUGUCUUCAAUGUGACGAUGAGGGAGCUGAACAGGGAGGACGCAGGCUGGUAUUGGUGUGCUGCUGGAGAACUACAGAUCCCUGUUCACAUCAAUGUCACUGAGGAGACUACAACUCCCACUGUCACCAGACUGGUCCUGAUGACAUCCGAGGCACUGUUGCUGCUGGUGGUGGCUGUUGCCGUGGUCAUCUGGAGGCUGUGGAAGAAACACGGAGAGAGCGCCCAGGCGAACGCACGAGCGAGAGAGGGCGGGACGAACGAGCUGACGACCGUCCACCCUGAAGAGGAAGUGACCUACAGCACAGUGUUGUGUCAGUCAUGUACUGCUCAGUCAUCCUGCAAAAUCCACAGUAGGGGGCAGCCACGCGACUAAAGAUGAUAGUCCCAACAGGAAUUCUGUCGACGCGCACAAGGAAAAAUGGGCCGUGUUCCAGAACGUCAAGCCCUUGCCCCCCAAUUCAAAUGUUUGACUCUGCUGACCUCUGCUGGACGAAAAAGACACCUUCAGUUUCAUCAAUAGAUGAUAUACAUUGAUGCCCUCUGCUGGACCUCUGCUCAAAUCUUUGCUAGGAGCAAAAAAAAAAACAAAAAAAAAAAACAUGGUGUAUGUUACUGGAACUAAAGAGAAAAACAGGAGAGAUCAAUAUUUACGAUGUACGUUACAUUACAUUCCAUUGCAAUAAUUUGCUGGACACGGAUGUGCGUCGCCCUCAGGAAUACAAGAAUGUGGUUUCCCCAAAAUGGUACCGGGGCCCAUUCAUAAUCACAAAAUGUAAUGUAAACCCAGAAGACAAUAAUUUGUGUCGUAGCAGUUAAUAUAUUUUUAUUUAAAAAAUAAUAAAAGCAUGACCAUGUCCCAAA